AUGGCGGCGCUGAUGAAGCGCGUGGGAUGGGCUACGCGACCGUUGCUGCCGGUGGUGCAGGCUUGGGACUUCGAUGCGCGGCGCUGGGUCCGGGCACUGCGGCGGAGCCCUGUGAAAGUGCUGUUUCCAUCUGGUGAGGUUGUGAAACGGAAGCUCGAUCCCGAGAAACAGCAGCUCGAUCCCGAGAAACAGCCUCGGAAGGCGGCUGAGGCCAGUCCCCGGGAGCAGCGACAGAAGCAGCAGAUUCAGGGGCCAGCAUCUCAGACGCUCAGCACCUGGGAAGAGUCGGGGCUUCGCUAUGAUAAGGCUUUCCCUGGAGACAAAAGGCUGAGCAGUGUGAUGACCAUAGUUAAGUCCAGGCCAUUUCGAGAAAAGCAGGGGAAGAUCCUUCUGGAAGGUCGUAGGCUGAUUGCAGACGCUCUCAAGGCUGGUGCUGUGCCGAAAGUUUUCUUCUUUAGCCGUCUGGAAUACAUAAAGGAGCUGCCCAUUGAAAAGCUGAAAGCUGUUCGCCUCAUUAAGGUGAAAUUUGAGGAUAUCAAGGAUUGGUCCGACCUGGUAACACCACAGGGAAUAAUGGGGAUUUUUGCCAAACCUGACCAUGUUAAGAUGACAUACCCCGAGACUCAGCUUCGCCACACACUGCCCAUAUCAUUGAUUUGUGACAAUCUCCGUGACCCUGGGAACCUAGGGACAAUUCUGCGAUCUGCUGCUGGGGCAGGCUGCAGCAAAGUGUUACUCACCAAAGGCUGCGUGGACGCCUGGGAGCCCAAAGUGCUGCGGGCGGGUAUGGGCGCACACUUCCAGGUGCCCAUUAUUAACAACCUGGACUGGGAGGCGGUGCCCGACCACCUGCCUGCUGAUGCCCGCGUCUACGUGGCCGACAACUGUGGCCUUCACACGCAGGCCCAGGCCCAGGGGUCUAACAAGGCCAGUGACUACGGCUGGGUACGUGACCAGCGCCCGCUGAAGUUUCAUGAGUAUGAGGAAGAGGAGGAUGAUCUAGAGAGUGGAGAGAGUCAAGACUGGCUCCCUAAACUUGAGGUCCAGAGUUACGACUCAGACUGGACAGAGGCGCCGGCGGCCGUGGUGAUAGGUGGGGAGACCCACGGCGUGAGCCUGGAGUCCCUGCAGUUGGCUGAGAGCACAGGGGGCGGGAGGCUGCUGAUCCCCGUCGUGCCCGGCGUGGACAGCCUGAAUUCAGCCAUGGCCGCGAGCAUCCUGCUCUUUGAAGGCAAAAGACAGCUGCGGGAGAGGGUCAAGACAGACCAAGUCACUGAGGAAAGGCUGUGCCGAUGGGCAGCAGCUCUGCGCAGAGACCUCCGGGGCCGCGCCCCCGCCCGGCUCCACCUGAGCGCGCGCGUGGCUCUGAGCCGCAGGGGCUCUGCGCAUGUGCUCUAG